AUGUUGAACUGUUCUGUAAAAGAGAGACUGAGUAAGGGCUCGUUGCAUGAUUCAUUUGUCGGCAUCUUCGUCCAUCACGCCUUUAUAAUCUACUCCCGAGGUGGGGUCUGUCGGAUACCACCCCAUAACAUACGACAUGCCCUAAACCGCAUUCGCGUCUUCUUUUGCUAUCUUGACGAAGCCAAAAUCGUUCUGUGGCCGUGGUUCAUUUCCUUGCUCCUCCUUACCUCACCAGAUUCACCUCAAUCUGCGGGCGGCCUUUUCUCCCGUGUGUCUUUCAUUCAAAUCGACGGUCGCCCUCUCCACAAGAAUUUGGCUAGUUCUCUUCGACGUCGCCUCGUCACGUCUCCUAUCUCUUUACCUCGGGAAGCCUUACGGACAGACUUGCGGGACAAUCUUACUGGACAGCCUGGACGCUAA